UGUAUUUGUUGAAAGGAAAUAUGCUCAUAGUGUGAUUGCCGGUGUCUUAAGUUUAUUAUUGAUACACGUUUUACUAAUUUCACUGCAUUAUAUUUUUGCUUUCAAUACGCUGUGAUGUGGUGGAACAUAUGAUCCUGAAAAAAUUUAUUUUUAUCAGAUUUUAUAGUAAGUUAAAUCCAUGUUCAGAGCUAAAUUAACCUCAGCUCGCCAUCUUGAAAAUUUUGUUGUCUUGCUGUACUUCAUGGAAUCGCCGGUGAUCCAUGGAUCGUGCCUCGGCCAUUAACCAGCUAUACGGGAUAUAAUAUUAUUUCGUUCUGUUUCAGUAGUAACAAUUAUCAUGUUUCAUAUACAACCAAAAAAAUAAUUUUUUAUGCUAGCCAUGAUUUUGGUAAGUGCAAUAAGCCAUCAGCAUUCAUUUCUGAAUCGUCUUAAUUAAUUUUUUCUGGUGAUCUGUCUAUAAUCGAUAUUGGGAAAUUAAACCACAUAAAUGGCUUUGCGUUGCCGCAUGACAUGGAUCAUUUUGUCGUGCAGUUUUGCUUUAAUGUUAAUCGUAUUCAUAUCGUCGAUAACACUCCUCACCGACUCCAGACAACGGUUUAUCAAUCUGAUCCCGUUACAAGCCUUGCAGUUUUCAGAAAAAACUGCCAAGAAUGAGCCGAUGCAUUAUCACAACGGUAACGUUGCUGUGCUAAUCACCGAUGCGCCGCUUUCGCCGAUGCGGAUACUGAGCAAUGUUUCCGCUGCGAUAAAUGCCGAAUCAGACAGGCAAGUCAUCUCGCCUUCGGCGAGUUCUACUUUACCCAGUUCGCAUUCACAGGAAGAACACUUUAAUCCAAAACUGCCGACAGAUCAAUUAGCAAGUGCUGUCGACGAUUUAAAGCCGGUCCUGACAUUGCUAUAUGACGACAACAAAGUUGCUCUGACUGAUGAGGGUUUGGACGAUCUCAAUCGUCAGGAACACCCCAUGGACUCAGUACUGUCAAGUUAUGUUGACCUUUCACCCGCCAACAUUUUUGGUGUCACAAUGGCACGACUGCGGCUACGAAUUGGUCAGCAUCUCUCACGGUCCACUUCUCACCAAAUCACCACUUCACAAAUCGUUUCCGAAUAUUCGAGAAAAAACCAAACCCCGUUGAUGCUUGCGUGCAAUUUCCAGAGCCAAGGCGGACUCGGCAACUGGAUGUUCAUGAUUGCCUCGGCUUUCGGAAUAUCCCGAACGACCCAUCGUGUUCCGGUGGUACUGUUCGAUUAUUCCUGGGCCAAUCAACAUUUCGCCAAUUUUUCUUUGGAGCGAUUAAACAUGUCCACCUUUGUCGGAAGUGACGAUCAGCAAGCGAUCCAAAAUGUUACGCUGCGUGAGAUAUCAGCUGGAAAAUAUACGCCCUCAUUGACGAAUAUCUCAAUAGAUAAAAAUGUUAUUACUGACGGAUAUUUGCAAUCGUGGAAAUACUUCAACGCGUAUCGUGACGAUAUCCGGUCGCUCUUUACUUUCAAAGAAGACGUCUACAAUCGAACACUGAAAAUUAUUGAACCGUUAUUUGAUAAUUAUGUGCGUAAUAGCUCGGCGGAUUCACUGCCAACUUUAGUCGGCAUUCACGUUCGUCGCGGUGACAUGGCCACUAGCGUACAAGUAAAGUACGGACACCGACCGGCGUCCGAGGAAUAUCUCCUGCGAGCGGUCCUUCGAUUCCACCAGGAUUACGACUCGAUUGUUUUUAUAGUUGUUAGUAACGAAAUUGAUUACUGUCGGGAGUUGUUUACGGGUUUCCCCAAUUUUCUCUUUGUGGAAAACAGUUCACCGGAAGUCGAUAUGGCAUUGCUGACCUUAAUGGAUCACAUUGUGCUGAGCGUUGGGACAUUUGGUUGGUGGGGAGCCUACUUAAGCGAUGCAAAACGUGUCUUUUACUUCAAAAAUUGGCCAAGGAGCGGUAGCGAAAUGGCUAGGCUAUUUAAUGUGGAGGAUUAUUUCAUGCCAUCAUGGACGGCGUAUAUAUGAAAACGUCCCUACGAGUAUAUCACGAUUUGUCGCUGAGACGCGGACUCUUACGUAUACGAAUUUACGACGCAACGGUUUUUCAAGUAUUACGAGUAUCAUCGCAUUAUCAGCGCAUGUGUUCACAUUGUAAAAAAUUCUUAUUUAACUUCACCGGUUAAUUAAUAUUAAGAAGUUGAUAGCACUGCUGAAAUGUUCUCGAUUUCAGCACAAAUGCACUAUUCGUUACUAAUGUUCGGGUACUUAUAACUAAAUCAUUCAAACGGAAAUCUUAAUACGUAAACAACGCCACUUUCACCGAUACGGUUUUUAAUUUGGAUUGCCAUAA